GGCUAGCUAGACUAGCUUCAAGACUUCUCAAACUUCGCUAUCUUAUAUUAGGAUCUGCUGUAGGUGGUGGUUAUACAGCUAAGAAGACAUAUGAUCAGUGGAAGGACAUGAUGCCUGAUCUUGAUGAAUAUAAGUGGAUUGUUCCUGACUUCAUUUGGGAGCUUGAUGAACAUAUAGACUUUGAUAAACUUAUCAAAGCCCUUCCUGAUGCAGAUGACCUUGCCAAACUUCUGCCUGACUUUGACAAGAUUGGAGAGAGCUUCACUUCACUGAAAGGAUUUUUUUCUCCUGGUUACAAUUUGGUUAGUGAAGUCACAGGAGCUUCUGAUCUGCUUCUGUUGUUAGGUUCUCCAGGAGAAACAGCAUUCAGAGCUACAGACCAGGGAUAUGAAAAUGACAAGCAGUACAAGAAGGGCCUGCUUGGUGAACUCAUUCUGUUACAACAACAAAUCCAGCAACAUGAAGAAGAAGCACGCAGAGCCGCUGGCCAAUAUAACACGGGCCCUUCCCAGCAGAAGCGAAAGGUUUCUGACAAAGAGAAGAUUGAUCAGCUUCAAGAAGAACUUUUACGCACUCAGCUGAAAUACCAACGAAUGCUGGAGCGAUUAGAGAAGGAGAACAAAGAAUUAAGAAAAUUGGUACUGCAAAGAGAUGACAAGGGAAUUCAUCAGAGGAAGUUAAAGAAAUCUUUGAUUGAUAUGUAUUCUGAAGUACUUGACAUCCUGUCUGAUUAUGAUGCCAGCUAUAACACUCAAGAUCAUCUACCUCGAGUGGUAGUUGUUGGAGAUCAAAGUGCAGGAAAAACCAGUGUGUUAGAAAUGAUUGCCCAAGCUCGCAUAUUCCCUCGAGGGUCUGGGGAGAUGAUGACACGUUCACCUGUUAAGGUAACCCUUAGUGAAGGUCCUCACCACGUGGCUUUAUUCAAAGACAGCUCUCGGGAGUUUGAUCUCUCCAAGGAAGAGGAUCUUGCAGCUUUGAGAAAUGAAAUAGAAAUCAGAAUGAGAAACAGUGUGAAAGAAGGGUGCACUGUUAGCACUGAGACCAUCUCCUUAAGUGUGAAAGGUCCUGGUUUGCAGAGAAUGGUAUUGGUUGAUUUACCUGGUGUCAUCAGCACUGUGACAUCAGGUAUGGCUCCGGAUACAAAGGAAACUAUCUUUAGCAUAAGCAAGGCCUAUAUGCAGAAUCCUAAUGCCAUCAUCCUCUGUAUUCAAGAUGGAUCAGUGGAUGCAGAACGCAGCAUUGUCACUGACUUAGUCAGCCAAAUGGAUCCCCAAGGAAAAAGGACAAUUUUUGUGUUGACUAAAGUUGAUCUUGCUGAGAAAAACGUGGCUAGCCCAAGCAGGAUCCAACAAAUAAUUGAAGGCAAACUCUUCCCAAUGAAAGCUUUGGGUUAUUUUGCAGUUGUUACAGGAAAAGGAAACAGCAGUGAAAGUAUUGACUCUAUUAAAGAGUAUGAAGAGGAAUUUUUUCAAAAUUCAAAGCUGUUAAAGACGUGCAUGCUGAAGGCACACCAGGUAACAACAAAGAACUUAAGUCUUGCUGUGUCGGAUUGCUUUUGGAAAAUGGUGAGGGAGUCUGUGGAGCAGCAGGCAGAUGCUUUUAAAGCCACACGUUUUAAUCUUGAGACUGAAUGGAAAAACAACUACCCCCGAUUGCGAGAGCUUGACAGGAAUGAACUGUUUGAAAAAGCCAAGAAUGAGAUUCUUGAUGAAGUCAUAAGUUUGACUCAGGUCACACCAAAGCACUGGGAGGAGAUUCUUCAGAAAACACUGUGGGAGAGGGUAUCAACUCAUGUGAUUGAGAAUAUUUACCUACCAGCAGCACAGACUAUGAACUCAGGGACAUUUAACACCACUGUGGACAUCAAACUGAAGCAAUGGACUGACAAGCAACUACCUAAUAAAGCAGUAGAGGUAGCAUGGGAGACUUUGCAAGAAGAAUUUUCCCGGUUCAUGACAGAACACAAAGGAAAAGAGCAUGAUGAUAUCUUUGAUAAACUGAAACAAGCUGUCAAAGAAGAAAGUAUUAAACGACAUAAAUGGAAUGAGAGAGCAGAAGAUAGCCUGCGAGUGAUCCAGCACAAUGCCUUAGAAGAUAGAUCAAUAUCUGAUAAACAGCAGUGGGAUGCAGCUAUUCAUUUUAUGGAAGAGACCCUCCAAAGUCGUCUGAAAGACACUGAAUGUGUUAUUGAAGAUAUGGUGGGUCCAGACUGGAAGAAAAGGUGGUUAUACUGGGUAGGCCGCACCAAAGAACAGAAUAUUCGUAAUGAAACAAAAAAUGAGCUUGAGAAAUUAAUCAAAUGCAAUGAAGAUCAUGCAGCUUAUCUGGCAAACGAUGAAGUGACGACUGUCAGAAAGAAUCUUGAAGCAAGAGGAAUAACAGUGGACCCGUGUCUGAUUAAAGACACAUGGCACCAAAUUUAUAGAAGAUAUUUCCUGAGGACUGCUUUGAGCCACUGCAAUCUGUGUCGAAGAGGCUUCUAUUACUAUCAAAGGCACUUUGUGGACUCAGAGCUUGAAUGUAAUGAUAUUGUCCUCUUCUGGCGAAUACAGCGAAUGCUGGCGAUUACAGCAAAUACGCUGAGGCAGCAGCUUACUAACACCGAAGUAAGACGCUUGGAGAAGAAUGUUAAGGAAGUGCUGGAAGACUUUGCUGAGGACAAUGAAAAAAAAGUUAAGCUACUAACUGGCAAAAGGGUCCAGCUGGCAGAGGAUCUCAAAAAAGUUCGGGAAAUCCAGGAAAAACUUGAAGCCUUCAUUGAAGCCCUCCAUCAAGAAAAAUAGAUUAUUCAAACAGCAACUUUACAGAAGAAUGCAGCCUUUUCCAGGAUAU